AUGUCCGAACAUCCUGUGCAGAACAAUCAGCUCCGUGCUGGCUGGCAGGCAGAAUUUUGGCGCUUAACAGCAAGAUGUCAUUGCACCAGGAUGGAGUGCCUGAAAGCCAAGCUCCUAGCUCGCCAGCUAGCCAAACCGCUAAACAUCCGGCGGCUGCAAGCUGCAGCUCUUCCCCAGAUGUCGACCACAAUUGGCCAGUCAGUUGUGUGCAGCACACCCGCUUUGACACCAAGGAGCAUUGGCGGCAGUGCGGAGAGAGCAGCUGGGUGGAGGGGAACGCCCAUUUGCUAUUUUUGGUGA